AUGGUAGUUGAAGACUCGACAUUGACCAGGCGUUCGGGAACCUUGCAGAGUAGCCAUUACAGAAGCUCGUCGCCACCACCGGAAACUACUCGUUCGUUGUCUCGACGACCAUCGACUCUCCGACCAACUUCAAUUUUGUCUACCGUUUACGAAAAGUUGAACACUAGACUGUUAAAUGGGACCGUCGACGUUCCAUUACAAAAGGCAGAUGAUGCAGAAGACGACCCGCCUUGUGCUGCCGAGCUCUGUGUUGUUUGGGACUGCAUCUCAUCUACAGAUGAAUGCAACCAAUGGACCAAGCUUGGAGGAAUACAACUGCUUACCGGAAUACUAAAUACUGCUACUACGGCGAGGAUAAGGGAAUGUGCUCUAGGAGGACUUGGAAAUAUGGCUUGCCAUACUAAAGCUGCUUCUGCAAUCAUGAUGAGCAACACAACCGUCGAACUCAUUUGUAAAUCCGUCGCCACGUCAUCGUAUCCACCUGUCGUAUUAGAAGGAACCAGAGGCCUAGAAGCUUUGUGUAAAUGGUGUGGCAGUAACUCUCGUGAUGCUGCAGCAUCGCUUCUCAAGGCAAUCCAGGACUGUAAAGUAGUGGACCGUCUCGUACUCAUAAUAGCAGACACAUCAGGAGUCGACUCGGCCGUGGUGCUAGCCUCCACAAAAUGUCUCAAAGCUAUAAUCACGUUGGGGGUAACUUCACCAUCUGCAGCCGCGGUCGAAGUCGUGUCGCAAUGUCAGGACCACAUUAGGAUACUCUUCGAAACAAUGAGUACCUGGCUGAAACGUAAUGAAGAAAUUGGUAUAAUUAGAGCUCUUUUGCACAUGCUAUGGAUGCUUAUAAGGAACGGAACCCCUGUGCAUCAAACCGAUGUGGACUUGCUGGCAGGUCAACUGGUAUCAUAUGUAUGUGUAAUAGUAGGUGACCACGAAGACCUGACUGAAGAUCAGGUGUCGGCCGUCUUCUCCGCUCUAAUGCUGCUCGACAUCAUGCUCAGCUCUGGGACUGUACCAGGUCGUAAAAGUGCAGAGACGUUUAAACUAGCCGCAUCAUCGCCCGCCUUAAUAGCAGCCGUAAUCGACCUCGUAAUACCGUGUUUUGCUGGUUGGAGAUUGCUUGGACUGCUAGUACCUCAUAUAUUGACACGAAAUCCACAACCAGACGAUCCUGUGGUUAUCACCAUAACAGCAAGGAUUGAAGACUUGGUUGAAGUUGGUGUAGAGGUAGAUCCCUUACGUGAUUUCGUAAAGGAUGAGAAAGAUCAGGCUGCUUCAGUGAAUACCAUCGUUAGGAGGACUUUAUAUAUAUUGUUGGGUAUUGUAGAGCAAUCUGGAAAGCCUAGUAAGCUGCUGAGGCAGAUGUUGACCAAGCUGUGGCAGGAGAAGCAGCAGCAGCAAAGCACAAUGUACGGAGGACCACCCACGUUGGGGCUACCUUUUCCUCGACCAUCUCCCGUCAUAUCAGCACCUCCAUCAUUCAACAAUGCUGGUCCAGGUCCAAUAUCAACUCCAAUACAGCCUAGGCAGCAACCGGCUGUCUCGAAUGAAAAGCCAGAAAUCGUGUUUAUAGCAAAGAUUCCUGACGGGGUCGCAGACGAAUGGAUUGAACGACUGUGCAAGAUCUGUGGGCCAUUCAGACAAUGGAGGCGACUAAAAGAUUCGAAUGAUGUUGCAAGACCAUGUGGAUUUGCUCUAUUUGAAGGCAAAGAAGGUCCUGCUCGAGCACUACGAGUGCUGGGUGCUGGUGACGGGAUUGAACUUCCAUCACCAUUACCCAGUCGACCGUCUAGGAAGCUCAAAGUUGUGGUAGAUCAAGCCAUGAAGAAGGAAUAUGAAGACAUCAUUGGCGACGACAGCGCUGCUAUACAAGAAUUACCGAAAAUGAUUGCCGAAUUGGAAGAUUCAACCAUAGCUGCAAUAUUAGAUAAAGCGGACAAGGCAAAGAAUGCAGAGUUCUUGGCCAACGCAGCAACAUACGGAAACAGAAACCUCCUCGACGAUCUAAAAGACGAAGAUAUAAAUCCAGAGCAUCGUGAAAUGAUUCGUUCUGAAAUCAGAUCAUUCAGAACGAAUGCAGCUAUACGAGAUCUAGCAAAAGAAGAAAAUAAAUUAAAAGAAGAAUUUGACCGACGUGCUCGUGAUGAACGAGACCGUGAACGAGAACGAGAGAGAGUAAAGUUGAGAGGUGUUGCUGGAGCCACCGGUGCUCCUGAACGAGUGCCAGUUGGUGGUAGCAGCAGUACUAACAGUACUAGCAAUUCACGAGAUGUACAAAUUCGAGAACGAGGAUCUAUGAUAGUAGAUGAAGAAGACGAGGAAGAAGAAUUGAAAAGGGAGGAGAGGCGUAAGAGAGAUAUGGAGCUGGCUUUCAAAGAGAGAGAACGACGAUGGGAAGCUCGCGAGGAGCACACAGGACGUCAAAGAGCAGACCAGUAUGCUCGUGACGAACUAUGGCUAAGUCAGCGCCAAAAAGACCGUGCAAAUGCCGAGGUCUACUUCAGAGAUUACGACGAUGAAGUGGCGGAAAAUGAAUUAUUCUAUGUCAACAGAGAGAAGUGGUUUGCACGACGUACCAGCUUCCGAACUCGAGAGCAAGAACAAGAUGCUCGUGAUCGUCGUAUAGCCCAACAAGAGGCUGAGCGUAAACAAGCUGUACAACAACAAGCCUCGUCAUCUGCUCGUAGUGCUGGUGGAGCUACAGAACAUGGAAGACAAAUGUCUGUGGAUCUGGAUGAUGAGGCCGAGACUGCAGCAGCAGAUGCUCCUGUAGUUAUUGGCAGAAUCAUGACCAAGGACGAAAGGAAUGCUGCCAAGAAGGAUUUGAUUGAAUCUCUGCCUGUUGAUAAAGAAGGACUGUUUGGCUGGAAGGUUCAAUGGCAUCUGCUAGAUGAGCACAUGAUAAGAGAGAAAUUCAACCCAUGGGUCACCAAACGAUUGGAAGAGCUGAUGGGAGGACAUGCAAAUGAUUUGAUUGCCUCCAUCAUUGCAGCAUUGGCAAAGCACACAUCGCCUCAGAAACAGGUUGAAGAUUUGGCGUUACCUUUAGAUGAUGAUGCUGAACUCUUUGUCAUGAAGUUAUGGCGAUUGCUGGUAUUCGAGACUGAAUCUCGUGCAGCAGGAUUAUCAUAA